CUGCGCAUGCGUAAACCCAGCCUCGCCUCCUGUAGUCCGCGUUCCCAGGCCUGAAAGGGACAAGGUGUCCGAGGUCUUAGGUCUGCGCGGGAGCCGAGGCUGCGCACCUGGGCUGAAGCUCCACAGUUCUCUACACUCUUCCAGGAGCAACAGAAAAUGAAUACCUCUCAGGCAUCAGUGUCAUUCCAGGAUGUGGCUGUGGAAUUCACCCAGGAGGAGUGGCAGCACCUGGGCCCUGUCGAGUGGACUCUCUACAGAGAUGUGAUGCUGGAGAACUAUAGCCACCUCGUCUCAGUGGGAUAUUGCAUUACCAAACCCAAGGUGAUCUCCCAGUUGGAGCAAGGAGAAGAGCCAUGGUCCUUAGAAGAUGAAUUCCUGAACCAGAGGUACCCGGGACAUUUUAAAGUUGAUGAUCACAUCAAAGGGAUCUGGGAAAAACAAGAAAAACCUCUGUGGAAAGAGAUAUUCAUUGAUGAUGCUGAUGAAACAUUGAGUAAAGAAGGACAGAAAAUUUUAGAAAAAACAUUUGAUCUGGAAAUAGCUCCAGAAUUUUCAGAAAAAAUACCCUGUAAAUGUGACUCACAUAGAAUGAAUUUGCCAGUUGCCUCUGAAUUAAUUAUAAGUGAAAGAAAAUAUUCAAGAAGGAAGGCUAAAUACAUGAAUGUAUGUGAGAAAUUGCAGCUUGAUAUUAAGUGUGAGAAAGCUGAUCCUGGAGAAAAAUCUUAUGAACAUGGUGAAAAUGUGAAAACUUGCAGUUAUAAGAAAGAUCAGCAUUGGAAAUUUCAAAUUUUCGAGAGAUCUUUUGAAUGUGAUGGAUCUGGACAAGAUUUAUAUAAUAAGACAAUUUGUAUUACACCUGAGAGUUUUCCAACAGGAGAAAAGUCCUGUAAGGAUGAUAAAUUUAGAAAACACUUUGAUGAAACCACUUUAUUUAACUACAUGAGAACUGACACAAGGGGAAAAUUCUCUGAUCUUAAUGAAUAUGGGACAUCCUGUGACAAAACCACCAUUGUUGAAUACAAUAAAGUUCACAUGGCUAUGACACACUAUGAAGGUAAUGAAAGGGGGAUUCAUUUCAGUAGGAGGUCACCCCUAACUCAAUCUCGGAGAACUAUUUCAGGACAGAGUGCUUUUGAAAGCAAUAAAUGUGAAGAAAAUUUUAGCCAGCGCUUAGCCCAGGUAGUACAUCAGAAAACACAAACUGGAGAUAAAUUUAGUGAAUAUAAUGAAUGUUCAAAUACCCUCUACCAGAAAUUAGACUUUACAGAACAUCAGAGAAUUCACACAGAAGAGAAAUUCCACCUUUCCAAUGAACAUGGGAAAUGCAGAAAAUCCUUUUACCAGAAAGCACACCUCAUUCAGCAUCAGAGGACCCAUUCAGGAGAGAAACCUUACCAAUAUCAGGAAUUUGGGAAAUCCUUUUGUUCAAGUUCACACUCUAUUCAGCAUCCUGGAACUUAUGUGGGAUUGAAACUUUAUGAAUGUAAUGAAUGUGGGAAAACUUUCUGUCAGAAUUCAAACCUUAGUAAACAUUUGAGAAUUCAUGUAAAAGAGAAACUUUGUGAUAACAAUGGCUGUGGGAGGUCUUACAAGUCACCCCUCAUAGGACACCAGAAAACAGAGGCAGAGAUGAAACUCUGUGAUGGCAGUGAAUAUGGGAAGACAUCACAUCUCAAAGGACAUCAGAGAAUUCUCAUUGGGGAAAAACCCUAUGAAUGUAUCGAAUGUGGGAAAACUUACUCCAAGACAUCACAUCUCAGAGCACAUCAGAGAAUUCACACAGGUGAAAAACCCUACGAAUGUGCUGAAUGUGAGAAAACUUUCUCUCACAAGACACACCUCAGUGUACAUCAGAGAGUUCAUAUAGGGGAGAAACCCUAUGAAUGUAAUGACUGUGGGAAAUCUUUUACCUAUAACUCAGCCCUGAGAACACAUCAAAGAAUUCAUACAGGUGAGAAGCCCUAUGAAUGCAGUGACUGUGAAAAAACUUUUGCCCAUAAUUCAUCCCUCAGAGCACAUCAUAGAAUUCACACGGGGGAGAAACCUUAUGAAUGUCAUGAAUGUGGAAGGUCUUUUGCCCAUAUUUCUGUUCUCAAGGCACAUCAAAGAAUUCAUACAGGGGAGAAACCCUAUGAAUGUAACGAAUGUGGGAGAUCUUUCACCUACAAUUCAGCCCUGAGGGCACAUCAGAGAAUUCACACAGGUAGAAAACCCUAUGAAUGUAGUGACUGUGAGAAAACUUUUGCCCAUAAUUCAGCCCUCAAAAUACAUCAGAGAAUUCACACAGGGGCAAAACCCUAUGAAUGUAAUGAAUGUGAGAAAACGUUUGCCCAUAAUUCAGCCCUUAGAGCACAUCAGAACAUCCACACAGGGAAGAAGCUCUAUGAAUGUAAUGAAUGUGGGAAAACCUUUUUCCAGAAGACACGCCUCAGUACACAUCGGAGAAUUCACACUGGGGAGAAACCCUAUGAAUGUAACAAGUGUGGGAAAACUUUCUCCCAGAAAUCAUACCUCAGUGGACAUGAGAGAAUUCACACAGGGGAAAAACCCUAUGAAUGUAACAUAUGUGGGAAAACUUUUGUGUAUAAGGCAGCCCUCAUAGUGCAUCAAAGAAUUCACACAGGGGAGAAGCCCUAUGAAUGUAAUGAAUGUGGGAAAACUUUCUCCCAAAGAACACACCUCUGUGCACAUCAGAGAAUUCAUACCGGGGAAAAACCCUAUGAAUGUAAUGAAUGUGGGAAAACGUUUGCUGAUAAUUCAGCCCUCAGGGCACAUCAUAGAAUUCACACAGGGGAGAAACCCUAUGAAUGUAAUGAAUGUGGGAAGACCUUCUCCAAGACAUCACAUCUAAGAGCACAUCUUAGAACUCGCUCAGGGGAGAAACCCUAUGAAUGUAGUGAAUGUGGCAAAACCUUCUCUGAGAAAUCGUAUGUUAGUGCACAUCAGAGAGUUCAUACAGGGGAGAAACCCUACGAAUGUAACGUAUGUGGGAAGCCAUUUGCCCAUAAUUCAACCCUCAGAGUACAUCAAAGAAUUCACACAGGGGAGAAAUCCUAUGAAUGUCAUGAUUGUGGGAAAACGUUCUCCCAGAAAUCACACCUUUGUGCACACCAGAGAAUUCACACAGGGGAGAAGCCCUAUGAGUGUAAUGAAUGUGGGAAGGCUUUUGCCCAAAAUUCAACUCUCAGAGUACACCAGAGAAUUCACACAGGGGAGAAACCCUAUGAAUGUGGUGAAUGUGGGAAAACUUUUGUCCGUAAGGCAGCUCUUAGGGUACAUCACACCAGAAUGCAUACUAGAGAGAAAACCCUAGCAUAUAAUGAAUUUGGGAAGUCCUGAAGGAACUCAUACCUUACUACAUAACAUGCAGUACAGAAAUUCAUGUCACAGAAAUUCAUGUCACAUGGGCUGGAAAGUAGUUUCCCUUAUUUCAUUUUCCAUUAGGCUCAUAGCUUGUGGAAAAAUCCCAGUAUGCCAUUCAUCCAGGUAGGACUGACCAUGGAAUGUGGUACUAAUGAUACAUAUUACAUUUAAUCUUGGCCCUUAAAAACGCCUCACGGUCUUCCUGGUGGAUAAGAUGGAUUGGAGGCUAUUUGUGCAGCAAACUCGGGUCCUGUGUGUUGAAAACCGUACAGCACAGGUAAUGGAAGCUAGAAUCUGAAAAACUGGAACAGAAUUCACUUCUGGGUCUUCACCAGGGUUUUGUUUUUGUUAUUUUAAAGCAAGAAUUAAGUUUAUAGUCUGUUAAGCUCUUAUAAGUUUGGCUUAUUAGUUAAAUGCACAUAGUUUAGCCUAAACUUUCUGUAAAACUGAGAUGAAACCUUAUGAAUAUAAUCAGUUUUAGAAAAACUGUAAUCAGUUUAUUGUGCAUCAGAGACUUCACAUGAAGAAGAAAACUUAUCAACAUCCACUAUGAUCAGGAGCCUUCAUUAAAAAUCAGAAAUUUUAGGGAAAAACACAAAAGGCUUCACAAAGUUGAACUGCAUUAAACAUCAAAUAAUUAUAAUAAAAUUUCAUAUUUUGAAUAAAUGACAUUUUUCCUAGGUAUUUUUUUCUGAGGAUGUAUGCCAGUUUUAGAAUUGGAGAUAAAAUAUUCACCUAGAACUGACUUACCAAAGCUUUUGUUUUGUAAUAUCAAAAAUUUUAUAGAACAUAUAUAAGAAUAUUUACCUGUAGACAAACUCACUGUAGAAUGUGAAGUUAAAAAUGGAAUAAUUUGAAUUCUGUGGAGAAUACGAAUAAAUGUGAAUAGUCUGA